CUCAGAGCAGGGACUAGGUUCGCCGUAACCUCGCGCUCCCGACUUCUGCUUCCGGGUCGGAGCCAUGGCGGUGGCAAAUUCAAGCCCUGUCAAUCCCGUGGUGUUUUUUGAUGUCAGCAUUGGCGGCCAGGAAGUUGGCCGCAUGAAGAUCGAGCUCUUUGCAGACGUUGUGCCUAAGACGGCCGAGAAUUUUAGGCAGUUCUGCACUGGAGAAUUCAGAAAAGAUGGGGUUCCAAUAGGAUACAAAGGGAGCACCUUCCACAGGGUCAUAAAAGAUUUCAUGAUUCAGGGUGGCGAUUUUGUUAAUGGAGAUGGUACUGGAGUCGCCAGUAUCUACCGGGGGCCAUUUGCAGAUGAAAAUUUUAAGCUUAGACACUCAGCUCCAGGCUUGCUUUCCAUGGCAAACAGUGGUCCCAGUACCAAUGGCUGCCAGUUUUUCAUCACCUGCUCUAAGUGUGAUUGGCUAGAUGGGAAGCACGUGGUGUUUGGAAAAAUCAUUGAUGGACUUCUGGUGAUGAGAAAGAUUGAGAAUGUUCCCACAGGCCCCAACAAUAAACCCAAGCUGCCUGUGGUGAUCUCACAGUGUGGAGAGAUGUAGUCCAGAGGAAGACUGAAUCAGACUGAAUUUAAGAAGGCAGCAACUGGCGCACUUGUCCAUACCCAGCAGAUAGUAGACGCUUAAUAAAGAACGAAGGUGGACGACUUCAUCUACAUCAUGCGGCAGCCUCAAUUACAAAUCGUUUGUGAAACGUGCAUAGUAAUCCCUGUUUCACAUGGCUGUUUUAAGAAUAAAAUGCACGAAAAAUGCCUAGCGUGCUCAAUAAACGUGAGGUGAAAUUAAA